GUUUCGGGAUUGCGGAAGUUUGGGGAAGAGGGUCUGGAGGCUGCUGGUCGCUGUGCUGCUUUGGAACAGAUUCCAGGAGGGAGGCCGCCGCUUGCGGUCCGAGAGCUACCAGCCUGCGCACGUUUGAGGAAACACCGGGGGCGACUCGUCCAGCGGUUGGCCUCCUUUGCCCUCGUUCCUUCACGGGGAACCGCCUCGGAUCUCAGCCAUGGCAUCCAGUUCGCCCAAUCUCCAGAAAGCAAUAGAUCUUGCUAGCAAAGCAGCCCAGGAAGACAAAGCUGGGAACUAUGAGGAAGCCCUUCAGCUCUACCAACACGCUGUACAGUAUUUUCUCCAUGUAAUAAAAUAUGAAACACAGGUUGAUAAAGCCAAGCAGAGUAUCAGAGCGAAGUGUACAGAGUAUCUUGAUAGAGCAGAAAAACUAAAGGAAUAUCUGAAAAAGAAAGAGAAAACACCACAGAAGCCGGUGAAAGAAGGACAGCCAAGUCCAGCUGAUGAGAAGGGGAAUGACAGUGAUGGGGAAGGAGAAUCUGAUGAUCCUGAGAAAAAGAAACUACAGAAUCAACUUCAAGGUGCCAUUGUUAUAGAACGACCAAAUGUGAAAUGGAGCGAUGUUGCUGGUCUUGAAGGAGCCAAAGAAGCACUUAAAGAAGCUGUGAUAUUACCUAUUAAAUUCCCUCAUCUUUUUACAGGAAAGAGAACACCUUGGAGGGGAAUCCUGCUGUUUGGUCCCCCUGGGACAGGAAAGUCCUACUUGGCCAAAGCUGUAGCAACGGAAGCAAACAACUCGACAUUUUUUUCAAUAUCUUCCUCUGACCUUGUGUCCAAGUGGCUGGGUGAAAGUGAAAAGCUAGUUAAGAACUUAUUCCAACUUGCCAGAGAGAAUAAACCUUCCAUUAUCUUCAUUGAUGAAAUCGAUUCUUUGUGUGGUUCAAGAAGUGACAAUGAAAGUGAAGCUGCACGUAGAAUUAAGACAGAGUUCCUAGUUCAAAUGCAAGGGGUUGGUGUGGACAAUGAUGGAAUUUUGGUUCUGGGAGCUACAAAUAUACCCUGGGUUCUGGAUUCUGCCAUUAGGAGAAGAUUUGAGAAGCGAAUUUAUAUUCCUCUGCCUGAGGCCCAUGCCCGAGCAGCAAUGUUUAAGUUGCAUUUAGGGACCACCCAGAACAACCUCACAGAAACAGACUUCCGAGACCUUGGGAAGAAAACUGAUGGUUAUUCGGGGGCAGACAUAAGUGUCAUUGUGCGUGAUGCACUUAUGCAACCUGUGAGGAAAGUACAGUCAGCUACUCAUUUUAAAAAGGUUCGUGGACCUUCACGAGCUGAUCCUAACAGGAUGGUAGAUGAUCUGCUAAUGCCGUGUUCUCCCGGUGACCCUGGUGCCAUUGAAAUGACAUGGAUGGAUGUCCCAGGGGAUAAACUUUUGGAGCCAGUUGUUUGCAUGUCGGAUAUGUUACGGUCACUGUCUAACACAAAACCCACAGUCAAUGAGCACGACCUGCUGAAGUUAAAGAAGUUUACAGAAGAUUUUGGCCAAGAAGGCUAGACCAAAGACAGCAAGGAAGACAUUAUCUUUCUUUUGUAGGUAUUUCUGCCUUUCUUGGAUGGCGUUCAGAUUAUUUCCAGCAAAACUCUUAACCACAGAGAAAUAAUAGAUCUCAUUUCAGAGUACCUUUAUAUCUACUUUUGCUCCAUUACCAAUUAAAUGCUCCUGUUAACAACAAUUACAAGAUACUGGAUUGUAAGGAAAUGAGUGAUACAUGAAUGGCAAAAAAUAGAAAUUACCCAGUAAAAAGAGGAUUAAAGUUGAUUAAGAUACAAGCGUUUUAAAUUGCAUUUGAAUCUUUGGUCUUUGCAAAGAGCAUUCAUUUUUUUCUUUUUUUUUAACUGAAGUGAAAUAGGGCAUACUCAUAUUUUAAAAUUAAGCAUCGAUAUCAUCCGUGUAAAAUUUAUUUAGUUUACUAAAAAAUUAAAAAUAAUAGAAUCUUUAUUCUCAGGGAUGGGCAGUAAAACAGCAAAGAGCACUGUGAUUGGGCUUGACAGAUUUUUAAUUAUUUUCUAGCCAAGGCUCUCAUUGAUUUUGGAUAGGUUGACAAUUUUCUCCAUGUAGGUUUAAAUAAUUUCUUUAAAGACAGCAACCUUUUAUAUUUAACUAAAUAAUACCUUUCACUGUGCAAUCUGAAGAGAAAGACUUUCUAAAUUUAGCAUUGUGUUUAUCUUGGAGAAGAAAAUUGUCUAUUUCAGUGUCUUUUCGUAGUGAGAUUGACCAAAACAGAUGGUAAAUAAAUAUGUACUUUUAAGUAACUGUCAUAAAAUACUGUAAUGGGAACCUUUAUUAAAGGAAUGGCCUUGUUUUGGAUUAUGGAAAAUUUCUUUUAGGUGUAUGUGUACAUAUAUAUAUAUAUAUAUAUAUAUAAUUUUUUUAGUAUAGGAUAGCAAGGGUCUUGUCUUUUUCCUUUUAAGUUCAAGGAACAGUUUGUCCUGGCCACACAUAUGUUUAUCAGUGUAAUGCUUCAUGAAGCUUUAGAAAUGAGCUGAUGUAUCAUUAAUAAAAUACAAACAUGAUAUUACGUUAUUUUUAAUAUCUUCAAAUAAUCUGAGGGUGUAUGUUACAUACUUAAGCAGCAACACAAAGUUGUGCCUUGUGCAUUUGCAUUGGCUGUGUAUGCAAAGGGUUAUUACUAAGUAAGCUAGAGUGAGGUAGGUGACUGAAUUAGUGUACAGUUCUACCUUGCAAAUGCUGUAGAAUUUGCAUUUUAAAAUACAUUUGCACAUUUUACAUGAUUGCUAUGUGGUUGCCUUUGGGUUCUGUACAGAUUAUUUUUGUUAAUAACAAAUGGAAAUCAUAGGCCUGAAAUACACUGUUCUUGUGUGAAGUAAAUUGAUAUAUAACCUACUAUUGGCUAUAUCCUGUCUGUUCUUCUUAUUUGGGAAUCUUCUGUAUAGGAGAAAAUACUAUCUAAGUUGAUUAGAUACAAAGACAUCGUUAAAAUUAUUAAUUAAAAUGUAUACAUGAAAAUUCUGUUGCUCAGCUUUUAUGUGGGAGUUGGAAAUUAACUUGGCAGACCAACACUAAUAUUUUGUGGAUGUCUUACAAGAUAAUCUGUAUACUUCAUCAGCUCAGAAUUAUAUAGUAUUGCUAUUAAUUAUAUAAUUAGGAGAAUUAACAUAAUUAUGCUAUUAUAAUUAUAUAAUAGUUGAAAUCCAGAAUUCUUUGUAAAUGUAGAAUUUGUUCUGAGGAAGUGCUUUACUUAAUUUAAUCACAUAACCACAUAGUAUGUAAGAAUAGCAUUAAAAAUAAGUGAAUACUUCAUCACACUUAAUUCUUAAUGUGCUUUGAGAACUAUAUCUCCAUAUCCAUGUCAUUUCUAGCCUAGCUCCAAUAUUUACAUUAUAUUUUCUACAUUUCUAGAAUCUAAAAGUAUUAGAUUUAUUCUUGAAUAGGCCAUUUCCCAUGCGUUUUUUAAUGAACAAAUAAAAUACUCAGAGGAAACUGAA